AAUAUUAUACGUCACUUUUUUAGAAGGCUAUGGAUUAGCGGCCGAUAGUGUUUUCUAUAAUUGAAAAGUAUUUAUUUUAAUCUAGGUUUAGCUUAGUUCUUGUAUUAAACUAAUAAAUAUUAGGCAAAACAUGUCUUAUUCCAAUAAAUACGUUUUUGCGGCUCUGCCGAGGACGCAGCGCGGUACACCGCUUGUUUUGGGCGGUGAUCCGAAGGGCAAAAAUUUCCUGUACACGAACGGAAAUUCGGUUAUUAUCCGCGAUAUUGAGAACCCGGCGAUCGCCGAUGUGUACACAGAGCACUCUUGCCAGGUUAACGUGGCCAAAUAUUCCCCGAGCGGCUUCUACAUUGCUUCAGGAGAUGUCUCGGGCAAAAUCCGCAUCUGGGACACCGUGAACAAGGAGCAUAUCCUCAAGAAUGAGUUCCAACCAAUCGGUGGGCCCAUCAAAGACAUCGCUUGGAGCGCGGACAGCCAGCGAAUGGUCGCCGUCGGGGAGGGCAGAGAAAGAUUCGGCCACGUGUUCAUGUCCGAGACGGGAACCUCAGUCGGUGAGAUCAGCGGCCAGUCCAAGCCGAUCAACUCGGUGGACUUCCGUCCCGCGCGUCCGUUCCGGAUCGUCACGGCGUCGGAGGACAACACGCUGGCCGUGUUCGAGGGGCCGCCGUUCAAGUUCAAGUGCACUAAACAAGAGCACUCCCGCUUCGCGCAGGCGGUCCGCUACAGCCCGGAUGGCAGUCUGUUCGCGUCGGCCGGCUUCGACGGCAAGAUCUUCCUUUUCGACGGCGCUACUUCUGAGCUAAAAGGAGAGUUCGGGUCUCCCGCGCACAAGGGCGGCGUGUACGGCAUCGCGUGGGCGCCCGACGGCCGGCGCCUGCUGUCCUGCUCGGGCGACAAGACCUGCGCCGUGUGGGACGUCGCCUCCAUGGAGCGGACCCUACUCUUCAACAUGGGCAAUGCUGUCGAGAACCAACAAGUAUCAUGCCUCUGGCAAGGCAAGCACUUGAUCACCGUCUCCCUGUCCGGAGACAUCAGCUACCUCGACCCGGAGAACCCGGACAAGCCUCUCCGGGUCCUCACUGGCCAUAAUAAGCCUAUCACCUGUCUGGCAUUACAUCCGGACAAGCACACUGUUUACACAGCUAGUCACGAUGGAUAUGUCACCGCUUGGAAUGUCGCUACUGGUGAAGGUCAACACAUCCAAGGUCAAGGGCACGGCAACCAGAUCAACGGCAUGCGCGCUGGCAAAGAUGGUUCUCUACUCACCUGCGGCAUUGACGACUCACUGCGCCGCGCCGUGCCUAAAGCUGAAGGCGAAGUGCCGACGUACACGGACGCGGCCGUGACGCUGGGCGCGCAGCCGCGCGGCAUGGACCACAUCAUCGACGAUGAUACUACCAUCAUCGCUACCGUCAAGGAGCUGUGCGUGGUGAUCGGCGGCAGCAAGCAGUCGGCGAUCCCUCUCAGCUUCGAGCCCACGUGCGUCGCCAUCGACCCCAAGAGCCGCCACGUGGCUGUGGGAGGAGCGGACAACAAAGUCCGCCUAUUUACUCUGGACGUGCGCACUUUGACCCCGGGAGUAAUCCUGGAGCACCUCGGGCCCGUGACCGACGUCCGCUUUAGCCCCGACUCGGCCUAUCUAGUCGCCAGCGACGCCAAUAGAAAAGUUAUCCUGUACAGCACUGAGGAAUACAAGCCGGCGCACAACAAGGAGUGGGGCUUCCACACGGCGCGCGUCAACUGCGUCGCCUUCAGCCCGGACUCCCGGCGCGUCGCGUCCGGCGCGCUCGACACCAACAUCAUCGUCUGGAGCGUUGACAACCCUGGAAAACACAUCAUCAUCAAAAAUGCACACCCGCAGAGCCAGAUCACCGGCGUGGCGUGGCUGGACGACGAGACCCUCGUGUCCGCGGGGCAGGACGCUAAUACACGUGUGUGGACCGUGCCCAGGGCGUAGACACACACACACACACACACACGGCCACAGGCAACGGGUGUUGUAGGGAGCGUGCGUGUUGGCCACCUUUGGGGUCUAAAUCGAAAGCCUAAACCAAGUCUAAAACAAUUCGUCUUGCAAUGUCGGACCUUUUUCUUUUGCAUUAUCAUUACGGAAAUUUUAAGCGUCCAGGAGGAUCGAACGCACUACCUUGGCUAUUUUGUGCAUUUAAAUUAUUGCACAAAUCGACCUCGCCCCAUAGUAAGCUCAAUAAGGCUUGUGAUGUGAGUACUAGACGAUGAUAUAUAUAUUAUAGAUAUUGAUACAUAACUCAGAACAAAUAUUUGUGAUGAACACAAAUAAAUACUCUUACCAGGAUUUGAACCCUGGACAUCCAGCUUCCUAGGCAGCGACACUACCGAUUUGGCUGGAAAGGAGUCUUUAAAGGGUCAAACUUGAUUUUGACAAUUCAUGUCAAUAAGCAAGUACCAUGCCAAUAAGCAAGUACCAUGCCAAUAAGCAAGUACUAUGCCAAUAAGUAAGUACCAUGCCAAUAAGCAAGUACCAUGCCAAUAAGCAAGUACUAUGCCAAUAAGCAAGUACCAUGCCAAUAAGCAAGUACUAUGCCAAUAAGCAAGUACCAUGCCAAUAAGCCAGUACCAUGCCAAUAAGCAAGUACCAUGCCAAUAAGCCAGUACUAUGCCAAUAAGCAAGUAUAGUCCCUGCAAAAUUAUGUUUCGAAUAAAUCGUCUCAUAAAUAUGGUACUCAUCAUCAUCAUUCAUAUCAGCCUUUUAUCGCCCACUGCUGAGCAUAGGCCUCUCUUCUAGUACGCCACUUAUCCCGGUCCCGAGCCAAUCUCAUCCAGAAGUGACCCGUGGGUGGACGACAUUCGGAAGACUGCGGGUCACUUCUAGAGUAUGGUACUACGCUCUUAUUACACUGGAAUAAGAUGCUAUGGGACAUAUUUUUCAAUAAGAUGUGUACACCCAUAUUUUUACACUUGGCUGCACCAUGCCAAUAAGCAAGGAAUUAACUGCCCCUUACAAUUUACGAUCCCUUGUGUGUAGGAUUUACAAUUUUGACCUAAAUCGGUGUUCAUCAGUUUACGCAAACUCCCUAUACAUAUCCGGAUGUCAAUAUGCGUAAAAAUUUAACUAGGGGUCAUCCCUGGGGAGACCAGCCCUAAAUAUCCAAAUAAUUAUUGAAUAUAACUAGAAAGUUCCAUUAGCACUUCCAAUUUUUUACCGAAAAUAAAAUAUUUUACAGUACAUAUGGGGCUACUUUAUAGCACUAGUGCGAAAAGUAGCAUAUUACGUUACUGUGUCGAACAUUUAAAGGGCCAUAUGUACUGUAAAACGUUGUACGAUACAUGUGCGAAUAGGUAAUUCGCAACUCGUGUCGAUUUUAAACACUCCCUUCGGUCGUGUUUUAAUUUAUCGCCACUCGUUUCGAAUUUCCUAUUUUUCGCACUUGUAUCGUAAUGUACUAUUUUAACCUUUUGAACGCUUUAUGUCAUAAACAAAAUCGUCACUGACACGCCUAGGUCUCGGGCGCAAGCGAGCGAAUGUAAACCUUAAUUGAACGUGUAAAGAUUACUUUGACAACUAUAGUCGUCCCUGGCGCUGUGGGCACGACUAGUAACGACGACUUAACGUGUUCUUGGCGUUCAAAAGGUAAAAAAAAGGCGACAUGUCUCCCCAAAACAACGAUAUUUAUACCCCAGCAGAUUUUCUAAGUAUAAUUUAAAUAACAUAUUUAUUUUGCUUACUUUAAGUUCUAAACUUAAUCAGAUGCUCAGUUUUAUUACAUAAUUUAUUUUUACUAACUGCGCGUAUUUAAUUCAAAUGGGACUGACUGUUUAUAAUUUUGAUCUCAAUGAAUGAAAACUGAAGGAUGUAAAUGUAACUGCAUUUUAUCCAUGACCAUAUUAGGAGGGCUAAGACGAUCGGCUCUUUAUCAUUUGUCACGUUCUAACAAGUAUAUAAGCGCGAAAGUGACGGGCAUAAUGGCAAGUGAUAAAAAUGUAACCAUGUUACUGCUGAUUACUGUCGUACUGGUAUUGUAAUCUACAUACAUUGGUCUAACACUAUUAAUUAAAACAUUCAAGGCAAAUUAAGAUUUCCGAUUGGUUUACUGAGACGCCAUUUUGAUAAUAAUGUCUUCUUAUUGGCCAGGCUCUAAGCGACUUGCCGCGCCGCGCAAAACAGCCGUUAACAUUCGAAAAUUCAUCCAAAUAUAUACCGUAUUCUCAAGCAAUAAAUUUCAAAUUCGAACUGGUUUUCAAAUGUCACACGUUUGUUAUGCGUAGUAAGGCAAUCUACACAACCAAUUUCAUAUCUAGUCAAAAUUACUUAAAAAGCGUUUUUAUUCCUUGUUUCUGUCUGUUGUUAUUAUUUUUAACAAAACUGCAAGCAUUUUUAAAGAACUGCUCUAAGCAUGUAAGUCAGUCCCGUAUUAUAUAUAUAUAUAUCCUAGAGAUUUAGAUCUAAGAGAUCGCCAACUGCUACUAACUAGUGUGACUGCAUUUAUACCAGUUUUCCUAUGAAUUGUGAACAAAUUUGUGUCUAAACAGUAUUUUUAUACUAAUUUCUAAAAUAUUUUUCUCGAUUUUUUACGUGAUUUCUACUGAACUAAAAUGAAGUAUGUAUGUAACUAGGAUAAGUAAUAAAUUGUAUACACUUGUA